UGACGAACUAACCAACGGUUCGACUCUAAUUUCUUCCACCCCACGAUUCUUCCACCCUACUUCUGCAGAACUGAUUUGUUUGCUUGCAUUCGUGUCUUCCAACGUUGACUUCGCAUACCAGCCCUUCCAUCCUAGGAUCCCAUCCGCAUCGUGCAACGACGACUCACUCGCUUUACAUUCGGCUUACGAGCUGCCAUUAAAAUGGGCGAAUCGCGACAGGAACUUGUGCAAUGGCUGAACAGCCUAUUGCAGCUCAACAUUACCAAGGUUGAGCAGUGCGGAACUGGUGCCGCUCUUUGCCAGGUCUUUGACAGCAUUUUCCUCGAUGUUCCAAUGUCGCGCGUCAAGUUCAACGUCAAUAGCGAAUAUGCAUACAUACAGAAUUUUAAAGUCUUGCAAAACACUUUUGCCAAGCACCAAGUCGACAAACCCAUCCCCGUCGCAGGCCUGGUCAAGUGCAAGAUGCAGGAUAACCUCGAGUUCCUGCAGUGGGUCAAGCGCUUCUGGGACCAAUACUACCCGGGCGGCGAGUACGACGCCGUCGCGAGGCGAAAGGGCGCUCCCCUGGGCGCGGCGGGUGGUGGUGGCGGUGCUGCUCCCCGUGCUGCGGCAGCAGGCGGCGCAGCCAGGAGAACGGGCGGCACGACGCCGACGACGGGCGGUGCCCGCGCGGGGCUGGGCGUCUCCAAGGCCAACCCCGCGCUGGCCCAGGAGAACGCGACGCUCAAGGAGACGGUCGUCGGGCUGGAGCGCGAGCGCGACUUUUACUUUAGCAAGCUGAGGGAUAUUGAGCUACUGGUCCAGAACGCGGUCGAGGAGGACCCUGAAAUCGAGAAGCAGGAGGACGGCCUUGUCAAGCAGAUCCAGGCCAUCCUGUACAGCACGGAGGAGGGUUUUGAGAUCCCGGCCGAGGGAGAGGUUGACGACCAGGAGACCUUCUGAGGCUGUAAAAUGCAUUGGAUCGACAUUGCUGGCUGCUCACGAAUGAGGCUUAUCUGCUUCUGUCCAUCACGACGGCUUGCUAAUUUGAUGGCGACAUGGACCAUGAUGACGGUCUACAUCAUCAACGAUUUACCGUGACACCCGAGCUUGAAGUGCAAUCGGAUACACAGGCAUGGAUAGCAACGGGAUUUUGGCGUCGAAUUCGCGCUUCUAAUAACCAUUUUGACUGGGCGGGUGUAUUCAGAGAAUGUUCCAUUUUUUGAUGAACUAUUACACAUGAAAUUAUGAUAGAGUCUUUUUCCCCCAAUGACAAAAGUAUCUGGAUUGUUUACGAAAUAUAUAUUUCUUGGCGA